UAAACAGAGUACAAGGUUCAUUAGAAAAAACCAUCCAUGACCAGUUACCAAAAUACUCUGGGUGACACCAAAGUAAAUCUUUUGCACUGCGAGAUCCAUCCAGACAUGAGUAAAGGAAGGUCCCCGUACGUCCAUUUAGUGGCUGGAGGUAUUGGAGGAACCGUUGGUGCUACAUUGACUUGUCCUCUGGAAGUUGUAAAGACGAGAUUGCAGUCCUCAGUUCCAGCCUUUAGACAUGUUCUGUACCCAUCAGCUACUGGUCCAGGUGGGGUGUGGAGUAUUCCUGUGGAGAUCAGUUACUCAAGACCUGUUGGUGUUCUGUCCUGUUUAAAACAUAUCACCCAGACGGAAGGUGUGGCAGCCCUAUUCAAGGGCCUCGGGCCUACAUUAGUUGGAGUUGCCCCUUCGAGAGCACUGUACUUCACAGUGUAUGCUAAAGCUAAACAUGUUCUCAACAGAAGCGGCUUUGUGUCACCAGAAAGCAAAGUUGUACAUAUAGGAUCAGCUUGCUCAGCAGGGAUUGUGACUUCAUCAUUGACAAGUCCUCUCUGGGUCAUCAAGACAAGACUGCAAUUGGAUAAUAGGGCUUCCAAGGGGCAAGUAUUGAAACUUAUCCAGAAUAUAUGGAAAACUGAUGGGAUAAAGGGUUUCUAUCGAGGGCUGACUGCAACCUACAUUGGUGUUACAGAAACUGUUAUUCACUUUGUGAUCUAUGAACAUAUCAAAGCAGAAGUACAGAGGCAUCGUUUCAAAUUGAGAGGGACUCAUGAGAAAAAUGUAGUGGACUUUUUGCAAUUUAUGAUGGCUGCUGCAACGUCAAAGUGUAUUGCCUCUGUUAUGGCAUAUCCUCAUGAAGUAAUCAGAACACGACUACGACAAAAAGAAGUAGAUGGAAAAAGAAGAUAUCACUCAUUCUUCCAGGCUUUUAGAAAAAUUCUGCUUGAGGAAGGAAGAACAGGACUUUAUGGUGGACUGGGAACACACCUUCUCCGACAAGUUCCAAACACUGCGUUAAUGUUUUUAACUUAUGAGGCUGUAGUAAAUUUUUUCUCUAAAGAUGAUCUUUCAUAAAUCAAUAUUUAUUGUUGGAUGAUCUGGUUAAAUUAUUAAUUCCAAGAGCAAUAAGUAAGAAGAGGGAUAAGAAUUAAGGAAAAUGUGGUUGAAAUUUUCAUAUGAACUGCAUAAUGGAUAAUCAAUACUCAUUCUUACAGUUUCUGCUGUUAAAAAUUGUUUGUAGUUAUUGUAGAGAAUACUGAUGGAAUGACGAAACUGUGCAAUUUUAAGUGACUAGUUUACUAUAAUUUGAACAAAUAAAUUUGGUUGCACAAGUAUUUUUACGAGUUUCAAAGCAAUCCAUUCAAUAAGUUAUAAUUUUAAGUUUCCUUGAAAAGUUGUACAUACCAAUUUUAUACAUUUGUACAUAAGAAAUUAUCUGAAUAUGUUUAUUUCACUGAAAAUAAUUUUAUCUUUUUGGAGCCAUAUUUAAAACUGUUAUUGUUGACAAAUUGUAAGGAAAGUUUAAGUAACAAUCAACUAACUUAAAUAAAGGUCAACCAACUUCAA